AUGCGGCCUCGGCUGCCCACUGUCGACGACGCUCUGCAGUUCUCCCCUCUGAGCUCCAUAACGCCGUUCGAUCCCGCUAUCAUACCCUUCCCGUCUAGCUUCCCUCGCACCAGCCACACCAUCUUCGCAAAUACCGAGGAGCGGCAGCGAACAAGGAGGGGGUUGGACUCACUCAAUGCAGAGGCUGCUUCCAAUCCGCAGACGACUUCAUACCGGCUGCAACAGUCGCUGCAACAGCUCCAACAGUUGCUGAGACCAUCGGAGUUGACCGAGUUCAAGUUCAAACGCCCAGCGCAGGGGUCUUCAGUAGCGGACAACUCCGGGAGCGGCUCGCAGAAAGCUCCGGCUCCACGUCUCGGUGCUUUCUCGAACAUGGUGCUAAACACCACAAACGUCGCGUUUCGGUAUCCCAGUCCUCCUUCGUCUACUACAAAGACCAAACUCCCGUCGAAGCGUCCUGAUGCUUCUCGUCCACGACAACAGGAACACACGCCAAGGCGUCCUGCACCUCUUGCGCAAUCGCAAACGCCUCAAGCAACGCCUCAGCCUGCCAGGCAGCAUGACUCGUUAACUACUCCAAUUAAGACCGAGCAUCCGACAGCAAGCACCUCUCAGCAGAGCAAUCAUUCCGCCAGCCAGAAUGCUAAAGUUGCGGUCGUCAUCCCUCCCAAGAGCUCACAGCAAAAGCCGGCACAACCCAGCGUCGAUAUCAGACCACAACCUAGGGUAGAGGUACGCCCACAACCGGUCGUCGAAGUCUGCCCGCAACCCAGCGUCCAUGUCCAGGUCAAGCAACAGCCGAGCACCGACGACUCGCCGGUGCCUCCCUCGUCACAGGAGAGACGCAACGGUGCCGGAAUCGUCGUCCUUAAAAUCCCUUCAUACUUGCAAAAGGCUGAGUAUCAGGCCCAUCCGGAGGUCGAUGCUCGCAUUCUCGCUGGCGAAGAUGGCUUCUCGAGAAAGCGCAAACGGGAGGAUGAUGCGGUACCGACGAUGAGCAUUGACCAGAGACAAAAGAUCGAAGCGGCUGUCGCGCAACUGCAAAACUUAAUUGGAGAUAUCUUCGAAGCUGAGGAUCAACUGGAGCCAGACACUUCCGGCAACAUUUCUUCUAAUGCUGCAAGGUUCUUCAUCCCUAGCAAUGUAGGUGAUAGCGAGCUUCCCGUGCUCUCUUCACAUACACAGUUCCGGUUAGAUUCAGCUUUGCACAAAGUCAUAUCUGCCAAGGCUUUCGGAAAUAUUCCUGCGGACAACCUCAAUCGCCUUCAGAAGCUGUGUGAGGGAGCUGUUGGUAAUGUUUCCAGUGUUUCGAUCACGCUUGGCGAAGAUUGGUCGGAGGGUGAUAUCGAAGAGUGGGUCGGUCGUCUCAACAAGGCAGAGCAUGGGUUGCAAGCUGCUAGGAUCCUUCUCAGAAUCAUGACAGCUGGGCGUGAGGAGAAGCAGCUCUACUCCGAGGAUAUUCUAUCGAAUAUUCUGGAUGCUCUGAAGCAUGUUCUAGAGACAUGCCUGAUACCAGUCAUCGAGGCACGCAAUUCAGAGACCAACAAUACCUCUUUCAAGAUCCUUUCUGCGCAACGGAAACCCCUCACAUCACUUCUCCAGAUGGCAGGCAAGGUUCUCAGACUUUUAGCGGAAAUGAUCGUCAAGGUCGACGUCUCUGACAGCGCAGUUACCUCGGUGGAGUUUGUGUCGACCACACUCAUCUUCGUCGAAAACGCUCCAACGGAGAAGGAUUCUGCGCUUGGUAUUCAGAAGUGUGAAGUCAUCCGCCGGAUUGCCAUGGACGUCUUAGCGAAGAUCUUCGCACGCUAUCCGGAUCAGAGAACAUUCAUUUUCGAUGAGAUACUUACGUCCCUAUCGAAGCUCCCUGUGACCCGCCAAAGCGCUCGACAAUUCAAGUUACUGGACGGAAAACCUAUUCAAUUGGUCUCUGCGCUAUUGAUGCGACUCAUCCAAACAAGCGCGACGCGUUCGAUCACGGAUACCCACAAGGAUGUGCAAGGCUUGCGGUUGGAUGAGCUAGAGGACGAUGACAACGCCUCGCACAACGGAACUCGUUCUCCUGCCCCCGACCAGUCUGGGAUCAUUGCAAUGAACGAUGCAGCUCAGAUGGACCGCGAGGAUUUGGUCGGAGAGCUGAACAGUGUCAUGAAGCCACUUUUCGAGGAUGCGCAGAAAAGCGCUCGCUACUUGGUAAAUUUCAUGGUGCAACGGGCAAUGACCGCUUCGAAGACGGGUGAUCAGCCUUACCGUAACCUACUGGACAUUUUCACAGAAGACUUCUUGAAUGUCCUGGGUUCUUCUGACUGGCCUGCGGCUGAGCUAUUGCUAAGAGCCCUGCUAUCGAACAUGAUUGGUCUGGCCGAGAACGACAAGAGCGCAGCACCAGCAAAAAACAUGGCUUUGGAUCUAAUGGGACUGAUGGGUUCCGGCAUUUUGGAUCUGCAACUUCACGUCAAGAGCGCUGUAAGAAGCAUCGACACGUCAGAGUCGGAGCUUUCUCGCAAGCUUGCCAAUACGGCCGAAGAUAUCUUGGACGACAAAUUUGAGGACGCUGAUCUACUUGAAUUCGAUGGACCGUACCGUGUGGUUCUGGAGUACCUAAAGUCGCGCGACUUGGGUGACCCUCAGCUGCAAAGCGCCCAAGGCUACCACCUAACUCAAUGGGCCAAAGAGGUUCACUCUUUCUUAGACAAAGACGAAGAUGAGAACAUGCGCGGCACACUAGCAAUCCAGUUAAGGAACAUGAUAAUGGACCCCGAGUGGCUGGAGCAAGAAUUUGAGUAUGAGAAAGUCAUGACGGCCCAGGGGAAUCUCGCUAGCUCCAUCGUCGCCCUUCGGCUCCCUUUCUGCAAGGCAUUCAAGCGCAUGUUCGCCAUCCUACUCAAUGCUAUGACCAGCGAUCAGGCGACAGUCAAGAGCAGGAGUCUGAAGAGUGUCGUUCAGCUUCUGGAGAAGGACCCUUCUAUCCUAAGGAAUGGCAACUACAUCAUCAAUCAGAUCUUGCGCUGCGCAUCCGACCAGUCUCCUUUGGUUAGAGAUUCUGCCCUUGGUCUCCUUGCCAAGUGCCUUCAAUUCAAACCGUCGCUGGAAAAUGAGGUAUUCGACAGAAUCAUUGCUCGCGCCCACGACGCUGCGGUCGGUGUCCGGAAGAGAGCUAUGAAGCUUCUUAAGGAUAUCUAUCUUAGAAACGAGUCCAAGGAUGUCAAGACGGCUAUUGCUGAAGCCUUCUUGCAGCGCAUCAAGGAUAUUGACGACGGCGUUUCUGAGCUUGCAAGGUCGACGUUUGAAGAGAUCUGGUUUACGCCCUUUCAUUCGACCAACAAGAUGGACCGUGCUCAAUCCAAGCUGCUCCUUCAAAAUCAAGUCGUACUCAUCAUCAAGACAGUCCAGCGCGGCGAAACCGUUCUUUCUGUACUGGACGCUCUCCUAGAGAACAUACUGUCGCCCGGGUCAAAGAACAGCACCGCUAACUUCAACGUUUGCAAGAGCAUGGUAGCUCUCAUGUUCGAUGGAGUCAUUGAUAGCACCGAACUUCCAGACAGCCCAUCGCAGCAAAACAUCUUGCAGACUUUGACCGUGUUCGCGAGAGCGAACCCGAAGCUUUUCACAGGAGAUCAGCUACAGCUCCUGCAGCCUUACAUACAGAACUUGUCCAACACAGACGAUCUGCUGAUAUAUCGCUCAGUCAUCGUCAUUUUCCGUUAUACCUUGCCUUCGCUCUCGUCGCUCCAGCAUACUUUCCUAAAGGCAGUUCAGGAUGCUCUUCUCUUGAGCGUCUCGAAACUUGGCAAAAUGGAACUGAACGAGGUUGCUCAGUGCCUCUGGAUCAUCGAUGGCGUCCUCCAGAAUACGGAGCGCCUGGUCCGACUAGCUAUUUCAGUCAUCGACGGUGUGUCCAAAAGCCAAGAGACUAACUUCACCGAUGAUACCCCACAGGCAACCCAAGCUCAAAAUAGGGUCAAGCGAUACAUGAUGAUCGCCGGCUACUUCGGAAAAUGCUGCAACUUUGACCCACAUGCUGCAGCAUUCAAAGGAAAAUUCUCCUGGUGGAAAGGUAGUUCAGUCGCCGGCUUGAUUGUCGAUGUAAUCCGGCCCUUCACUCGUCAGAAGCUCCCACAUACCCUUCGGGAAAUGGCCUUGGAGAGCAUCGGCAUGAUCUGCCAAGCUUGGCCUAUGCAAUUUCUCCGGGCCGAUGUUACGACUGCCUUUGAACUUGUCUUCCACAACCGCGACACAAAGCUGGAACAGAUUGUCUUGUCUGCUUUCAAGACGUUUUUUGCCAAGCAAGAACUCAAGUCAGAGUCAGGUGCCCAGAUCAAGGUGGGUGAAGGUGCUGCUCGCGGAUCUGAACGCCUUGAGGUGUCCUUGAUCGCCAGCGACGAUGAUGGCGCUUGCAGCGGUAUUGCUCAGCGUUUCCUGCACCAUAUCGUCCGCAUCGCGCUGGAGCCUGCCGAAGAGCUCGCUAUGAUAGCGACUCAAGUCAUUGCCAGCAUCAACCGUCAAGGGUUGGUACACCCUAAGGAAUGUGGUCCUGCUCUUGUGGCUCUCGAGACGUCGACCAAUCAGUUCAUCGCCAAUCUCGCAUUUCAAGAGCAUAAGACGCUGCACCAGAAGCAUGAAAGCAUGUUUGAAAAAGAGUACAUGAAGGCGUGUCAUCAAGCCUUCGAAUAUCAACAAAGCAUCUUCAAUGAUACGCAUGGCGCAACUACUCAACCCUUCGCACCUAAGCUUCGUUCGUUGUUUGAAGUUCUUAAGACGGGUAACAACAAAGUCCGCAAGAAGUUCUUGCUAAACCUCGUUUCAAAGGCCGAUUUCGACUUUUCUAAGCUCGAUACCUCUGAGCAUCUCCCAUCUCAUCUACUCUAUGCUCGGUUCUGCUUGGAGAACCUGGCCUUUUUCGACUACGUCCGCGUCGACGAGUUGCUUGCGCUCGUGUCGAGUAUGGAGAAAAUAGUCUCAAACACUGGUACUCCUGUGGCUCACGCCAUCGAGCUGGAGGUGCUAAAGGUCCGUUUGGACGAGCCUGCAGCACCACCUCCAGUUGCCACGUCCAUUGAAGCCUUUGGUCCUAUGGUGCAGCAGUCGUUUGGGAAUCCUAUGGAGCAGUUCCCGACACUGCAGCCGCAGCAGCCUAUUCAGCAGCCUUUCCUCAACGGCGAGACGCAGAACAACUCUUUAGAUGUUACGCCAGAGCGCCUGAAGCAUCUCGCUGCUGCGUCCAUCAUCUUGACCAUGAUUUGGGAAACUCGGACUUAUCUUCGUCGGCUCUGGGGCCUGCAGAAGCAACGCGAGGGAGGCAAGGGCGGCAACAAGCCCACGAUCAAGGACCUCAACAAAGCACCCAGUCGCCAGCCCUUCAUCGUACCUGACAAAUACUGGGAGAAGAUGCUUGGGCUCAUGGAUUCCUUGUCCAGUACUGAGGCCAUGGUUGCACAAUGUAAAGCGUUUGCGGAGCUGCUCUCGAUUGACAACGAGCUCAGAGUCGCCUCGGAAGACGAUGAGGAGGCUGAACUGGUAGCCAGGGCAGCGGGUUAUGAAACACCAGAUGAUGAUGACGAGAGCCGUGGUGACAGUCAAACACCUGGUGGAACAGGCCCGCGUGGUCGCAAGCGCAAGGGUUCCAUGGGCUCAUCGGGAACGCCCAAGAAGAAGAGGGGCAGGACUUCAGGCAAGCCCAAGGUUACGAAAGGCAGGCGGGGCUCGAGGGGUUCAAGCGGAAGUCACGAUGAAGAGGUUUUGGUUUGGGAUUAG